UUCCUCCCUCAGUCGUUCGCGCGCGUCGUUUGUGAUAACUCGUCCGCACGUUAUCCGCUGUUUGCCGCGUAUUAUGUUUACAAUAGUGUUGUUAUUGUUUUGGUUAUUAUAAAAAAAAUACACAUAUUAAGUGUUUUGUGCUGUGUGAUAAAGUGAAAUAUUGUAUUGGAGAAUCAGUUGCGUAUAAAUAAACUGUGGAUCGCGAGGAGCAGACAAGCACGGCAGGCACCGAGCUCAGCUCGGGUCAUGUGGUCAGCAGGCCAGGGUCGCAGCACGGCGUGAUGCGGCGCGCGUGCGACAGGCUUGCUUGGCCGGUGGUGGCGUGCGCGCUGCUCAUGGCAUGCGCGCGCGCCGAUGCUGCCGGCGAAUCCAAUCAUCCGACUGGAAUAUGCACAUCAAUGGACAUAAGAAACAACCCGAAGCAAUUGAACAACCUGACUGGCUGCCGAGUGAUCGAAGGACAGCUCAACAUAGUGUUGAUGGAGCGCGCCACACCCAAGUUCUUCGCCAACCUGACCUUCCCGGAACUGAGAGAGGUCACCGAUUAUAUUAUGAUAUACAGGACGAAGGGCGUGCAGAAUCUCGGCGACCUUUUUCCCAACCUCACAGUGAUAAGAGGAAUGCAGCUCCACAAGGAUUAUGCACUCGUUAUAUUCGAUAAUGAGAAUCUAGAAUCCUUGGGUCUUCGUUCUCUAGCGAAGAUUGAGAAUGGCGGCGUGCGAAUACAACAGAACGACAGGCUUUGUUAUACUAACACUAUUGACUGGUCUCGGAUCACUCCGCCUGACGCCGAAAACGUUAUUAGGAUGAACUACGACACACGACUGUGUGGGCUGUGCCCGAAUGCUCAGAGUCGAGUAGAGGACCAUCGCCAGUCGCAUUUACAGUGCCCCUCUGACGAAAAUGAUCGGUUGUUGUGUUGGGAUGACAAACACUGCCAGAAGAUUUGUCCACCUGCGUGCGGCGACCGCGGAUGUUUAGACGAUGCGGCCCGUACUUGCUGCCAUAACGCGUGUCUCGGCGGCUGCAGCGGGCCUAGGCCAGAAGACUGCCAUGUCUGCCGCAAUUUCUCCUUCGGUAAUGGCCCGGAACGUAAAUGCGUGGAUAGCUGCCCUGUUGGGACGUAUCAAUUGUUCUGGCGCUGCGUGACAGAACUUGAGUGUCGCAAUGCGCCAGCGCCGCCUAUGGACGACGGUGUCCAACGCAGCUCGCCUAAGAUAAGGAAGUACAAGAUCCAUGGAAAUCGAUGCGUUUUUGUUUGUCCCAUUGGGUACAAUGAGGAAAUGGUGGGUGAGAACAACUUGACAUGUAGCAAAUGCCCCGACGGUGGUUGCAUGAAGGAGUGCCAGGGCGGUAAGAUCGACUCCAUGGCUGCUGCUGAGCAGUUCCGUGGCUGCACGCAUAUCAAGGGCAAGCUGGAGAUCGCAGUCCGCGCCUCUGGUGGCAAGACGUUGUCGGUGUUAGAAGAGUCGUUACGUGAGAUACGGGAGAUCACUGGCUCACUUCAAGUAAUUCGUGCAUACCCUCUCGUCUCACUGAUGUUCUUGAAGAAUCUAAGGAAAAUUACCGGAGCUUUUGAAAAGGGCGCCAAAAAUAAUCAAGUGUUGCAUAUAUUCAACAACCCAAACCUCGAGUUGCUAUGGGACUGGUCUACUCACGGGCCCAUUGAGAUCUCAGGGGGCUCGCUGUUCAUACAUUUGAACCCAAAGCUGUGCUACGCCAAGAUACUGCCGCUUAAAGACAUGACUAGAAAUCCGAAGUCUAACUUCACUGAAAUUGAAGUUUCUGAAGAUAACAACGGAAAUCAGGCCUCCUGUUUGCCAGAUAACUUACACCUGAGAGUCAGUCAGAUCUGUGAUAAAGCAGUGGUACUCACUUGGAACAUGUAUUGCCCUGAAGACAUACGCAAGUUGCUCGGCUAUUCCGUGUAUUACAUCGCGGCAGAACAUAAUGUUACGUUGUACGAGCAAAGGGAUGUCUGCUCCGAUAUAUGGAAUGUGCUCGAUAUAACCAUAGACGAAGCGCGCAAUGGCACAAAAGAGGUUACGACCGGAAAUGAAAACACUAAUAUUCUAAACAAUCCUUGUUUGAAUAUGCAGCCAUCCUUCUACCCGCUUUCACAAUUGACCCCAUACACUCGAUAUGCGGCGUAUGUGAAAACAUACACUACAUUGCAAGAGAAAAAGGGUGCACAGAGCUCUAUCAUUUACUUCACAACUUUGCCAGGAAAUCCGAGUCCUCCAGUUGGAUUGUCAGUGGAGCCCCUAACGCCUCACUCGGUGUUCGUGCGAUGGGGGCCGCCGACUAUGGCCAACGGUACCAUUAUCUUGUACCAUGUCGAGAUACACGCAAAUAGCUAUAAUGUACCCAAGAUAUUGGCGGGGAACACCAACUACUGUGUCAAUCCGGGUGCUCUACCGAACAUGAUCACAGCAAGAACAGAGGAAUCUCCCGAGGCUUCUGCGAAGGAAACGACCGGUGAAGUCACAAACGGCUCGUGUGCCUGCAAGGAGGAGGACAAACCUACCUCGAGGUUCAGCACCCGAGCUGAGGAGGAACGCAUGGAGACCAUCAACUUUGAGAAUGAACUGCAGAAUAAGGUGUACAGAAGGAAUGACAGGAAGAACCCGAAGAGGGUCAAGCGAUCGGUCGACGACAGCCUGAACAGCAUGCUCGUUAUACUGACUCCGAACUUCGAGCCUAAAGUUGGACUGAACUACACUAACACUACUGAUUCUGAAGGUUACGUAAAGUCGUUCUACUUCGAACUGGGAGGCAAAGUGAAUUCUCUGAAGGUGACAAACAUGCGUCACUUCUCUUGGUAUACCGUCAACAUCUGGGCCUGCCGCGCCAAGCACGAGAAUGAGACCGAGCAGGCGUAUGUCAAGACCUGGUGCUCUAAACGCGCUUUUAACACCUUCCGCACUACGGAACGAGUGAACGCGGACUUAGUGACCAACUUGCAAGCAGAAGUGAUCGUGUCGAACAAAUCAUUGGCUGAAGUGAACGUCACGUGGAAACCGCCGCAGAACCCCAACGGUUUCGUAGUGGCCUACUCCGUACAUUACUCACGCGUCGAAGAUAACUUGGCGGGCCAGGAUGUGGGUCUUCAAAGCUGCGUAACGGCAGACGACUAUGAGAACAACGGUCACAGCUACACGCUACGCAACUUGUCACCUGGCAACUACAGCGUGGAAGUCACGCCGAUCACCAUGGCCGGCGCCGGCAACGUCUCCGUCGUAUUCCCGCCUAUUUUCAUACCGGAGAGGACGGCCGAAGCCGCGUACGAAUGGAUCUGGGGCGUUGUGGGUGGCUGUAUGAUAAUGUUCUUAGUCCUGGGUGGAGGCAUUUGGUACGCAAGGCGUGGUCUCUUGCCGUCAGCCGAGGCCAACAAGUUGUUUGCAAGCGUGAACCCCGAGUACGUGUCCACAAUGUACGUUCCUGAUGAAUGGGAGGUGCCUAGAGCAUCGGUCGAGUGCGUUCGCGAACUGGGACAGGGUUCUUUCGGAAUGGUUUACGAAGGCAUUGUCAAAGGCAUAGAAAAAGGAAAACCGGAGACUAGGUGUGCCGUUAAAACUGUCAACGAGCACGCCACGGAUCGGGAGCGGCAAGAGUUCCUGAACGAAGCUUCAGUGAUGAAGGCAUUCGACACGUUCCACGUGGUGCGGCUGUUAGGCGUGGUGUCGCGCGGACAGCCCACGCUGGUCAUCAUGGAGCUCAUGGAGUUCGGGGACCUCAAAACCUACCUCCGCUCCCAUCGCCCUGAUGCUGAUGCAUCGCUGCCUAGAAAAGGGGGGAAUGACCCGCCUUCACUGCAAAAUAUAUUGCAGAUGGCUAUUGAAAUAGCCGACGGUAUGGCUUACCUAUCGGCCAAAAAAUUCGUGCACCGCGACCUCGCGGCGCGCAACUGUAUGGUCGCCGGAGACCUGACCGUGAAGGUCGGGGACUUCGGCAUGACCAGAGACAUAUACGAGACUGACUAUUAUAGGAAAGGCACCAAAGGCUUGUUGCCGGUGCGCUGGAUGAGCCCGGAGAGCCUCAAAGAUGGGGUGUUCUCGAGCAGUAGCGACGUGUGGAGCUACGGCGUAGUGUUAUGGGAGAUGGCGACGCUGGCCAUGCAGCCGUACCAGGGCCUGUCCAACGAGCAGGUGGUGCGCUACGUGGUGGAGGGCGGCGUGAUGGAGCGGCCCGAGCACUGCCCCGACCGCCUCUACGAGCUCAUGCGGGCCUGCUGGGCCCACCGGGCCCCGCUGCGGCCCAGCUUCCUGCAGCUGGUGGCGGACCUGGUGCCCACCGCCAUGCCGCACUUCCGCGGCCGCUCCUUCUUCCACACGCCGCAGGGGCAGGAGAUGUACGCCUUGCAGCGCACAGCUAUGGAGGAGGAGCAGGAGCUGGCGGAGGUGAACGUGGGCGCGGUGGCGACGGGCUCGGGCUCCAACCUGUUCGGCGUGUCGGGGCGGCUGGCGUCGUGGGUGCGCGAGCUGUCGUCGGUGCGGUCGCGCGGCUCGGACGACGCGGCCGCCGAGCCGCUGCAGCCGCUGCACGCCGACCUCAAGCCCGCCAACGGCGUGCCGCCCUCCGCCGCCGGCUGCUAGCGCCGCCGCCGCCGCCACACACCGCAUCUACCUCAGGACUCUUCGAAUCCUAGCCUAGUGUAAAUACCGUAAUGUCGUCCGACGAGCGGGGAUCGUCUCUCCACCCGGAACCCGACCCGCGUUUGCAACGUGCGGGACGGACUUCCGACUUAAUCGUACUGAACUCAUAUUAGGGAGAGGCGCUGCAUCUCCACGCAUUUAUUAGUCGACCGCGCCGGGGCCGGUGCGACGCUGGACAGUUUGUGUGAGGAGUGAGCCCUCCGCGGCGAUGCAUUUUUUUCGUCUGACGAUUCGUUUUCAUAUCAGGGAAGUAAUAUUUUUGCUGAGACGAUAUUAAGUGAGUCGAUUUGUCUCGACGUGAAUCCUAUAUAGUUUACCUCGACGUUAUUAUAUAGUUAUAAUCGGUGUCACUUGUGACAUAGCCUAUUAAUGUUAAGUUUACCGUUUAAGAUGUAAAAGCGUGUAUAGUUUUAUGUAGGCGAGAUCGUGUACAAAUUAUUUUUAUUGAGUUUUUGACAUACGUUUCUAUUGUUUCUGAGGUAAAAUUCAAUUUGUAACGGGUGUCAAAUUCGUUGAAGUUGUUAUGUUGUUGUGCCGAGUACUUUUGUUACAACUGUACUUGCGAUAUGAAUUUGCCACUUGUCCUUAUCGAUGCAAAAUGAGCUUGCUUAUAAUACUCAACUGUUGGAUAUGCCGCUUUAUAUAUCAAGUUAUUUUUUUACUUCUCUAAUGAAUUUCACAUGUUCGAUUAAAAUUUUAUUGACCACCAAAGAUUUGGAAACUAAAUGUCUAAAUUUACAUUUUUUUUAAUGCUGUUUCGUAUUGCAGCUGUGUUAUCAAAGUUUGCAAACAUCAUUAGACAAUCGGAUUAUAUGCAUUUGCAUAUGCAAACAUGCGGUGUUUUUACAUAAUUAUUUAUUUAACUGUGCAUAUUUUUGGGGGGUAAAUAUAUCACGCCUUUUGCGAUAAUGAAGUGAAUCUGCCGAUAGUGAGAUGCUGUGUGUCUCACGAAAACUGGCCUAACGGGAUGAUUGAAUGCAAACAAAUGAGAAAUUAAACCAGAAUAUAAAUUUUAACUAGAUUUUGAUAGUGCAUUAUUGUAUGCAUAUUUUGUAAUUUGGAUAGUGCAUUAUAAUCCGAUGUCUAAUAAUUAUAUUAUUGUAUUAGAGUAAUUAUACAGGGUCGUUUCAAAUUAGUUGUAACUGGUUUUAGUAGGAACAUGAAGCAACACCUAUAGUUUAGUCAUAAUCGUAAGUUUAAACGAGCAGACGAAGAACGUGUUACUUAGUGUUGCGACCUAUACGUAUCGAUAAUUUAUAUUGCACGAACUACUGCCAGAAUGGAUAUGUUCUCAUGUAGUUUGUACAAACGAGUACUUACUAGUACCAGUUAAGUGACAACAAGGAUUUCAAAUGACUUCAAACCGCAACAAUUUAUUAUCUAACAACAUAAUAUUAUUUUGUAUGAAUGACUUUAAUUUUAUUGUAUGUUAAAAUGUUGCAGUUAUUCUCAAUUAGAAUUUACGCUGAUAACAAUGUGUUGCCCAUCGACUAAAAUGCAAUAGUAUACCUGCCACUUAUAAUUACUAUAUCGCAUACUAUCAUUCAUUACAUAAAAUAUUUACACAAACCAAAGUAUAUGAAAUGUGUUAAUCAGUGAAGUGUACAUCUAGCCACAACGCAUGUCAGUAUGGAAAUAAUUCAAUAGGUAACUGAAAUAGCUUAUGUAAUGCGAAUAUAUUUGUGUAUGUAAAGUAAUAUUAAAGAGAGGUUAAAUGAGAAGAUAUACAUAUUAUGUAGUCUUAAAGUUCAACUUUAAUUGUGUUCAUAUUUUUCCAUUUAAAUUUAAAUAGUUACAGUUUUUAUAAGAAUUUAGUUCACUGAAUUAUAUCUGUAGUAAAGCAACGUAAUAAUUAGGUAUAAUGUAACUAUGUAGUUCCUUUUAUUUUUGUUCACAUUUAUUGUGCAGUGAUUUUUGGCAGCAAGUUUAUGUAGAUAUUAUUGACUUUGUUAAUUUAAUUACUUACAUAACGAGAAAUAGACAUAGUCGUGGGGUGAAUUUAUGAUGGUUUGUAUAUGAAUUUACAAUUGUUUUAAUGUAUCUAAAGAAAUACCUAAAUUGACAGCAAUUACUCUAGUUAAAUAUAACUAUGACAAGCAAGUGUUCGCUUCAUAAUCGUAAUUAACUGUAAAAAUAUUGUUAUAAUAUACAUUCAACCAAAGUUAGACUCCAAUUAUAUAGAACAGUGGUGGACAUUAGACCCCAGCGGCGUCUCGCGGCUGGGGUCUGGUGUAGCAGCAGUUACUGUAACGAUAAUGUGGUAUAAGGGUUUAAACGAGUGCCUUCAGACAUCCAGCCUUCAUGCAGCAGGUUUGUUGAUUGUGUGCGCUACCGCCGCGCCUGCAUUACUCUCUAUUUGUUUUAUACAUCAUUGAUUUAUAAGUAACGCUAGAAUUUCGAUACAAAUAUUUUCGAUAGCAUUUAAAUUGUUAUUAUUUAAACACAAUCAAGAACCUGUGCCACAGGAAUCAAUUCAGCUCGGUUGGCUAUGGAUAUAGGCGAUGUAUUACGAAUGGCUUACCGAUAGUAUUUUAUUUAAGUCGUUGACCACCUUUUUAUUGAGAACUAGUAAUAAAUCAGGUAAAAAGUAAUGUAAGUAAUACGUCGGGCGUUAGAGGGAGCGGAGACCUGGUCGGACUGGGACUAGUACAUGUUUGUGUUGUCGGGGGCACAAGGCACGUUGCAUCACUGAUUCAACCAUUUAAGAAGGAUAUAAAGUAUCUUCGUUGAAACCGAAAUCAAAAUAUUGUUUUACUUAUGUGUAAAUUUUGCAUAGUGCCUUUUGCUCAAUUAUGAGGAAUGUCGUAGGUAGGUACGGUAGGUUAAGCGUAACCUAAAUAUAUUAGAACUAUAAUUUAGUUCGAUUUAAAUUAUUCGCGAAUAUUCCAGUAGAGUGAGACGAACAUAGCCCCACCAAUCAGCAGGUCACUGCACUGGAAUGUUGCGCGGCCGACGUGGAGUGUAGUGUCGCGAGCGGAGACCAGCGCACUCGCACAGCGGCACUCGCCUCGCUGCACUCGACAGCGCCUAGUCUUCCCGAGUAGCAUUACUGAGUGGUGCGGGGGGUGAGUGCGGCCAUGUCUCGCACAACGUUGCCUCACACAGUUCCUGCGAACUGUGCCUACUGUCGACCUUUGUUACUUACGCUCUUGUUUUAUCAGUAUUCGUUUCAUUGUGAUUAUCACUAUACAAGGCAGUUACAUUACCUCAUUUUUAGUGAUUAUAAUAUUAUGCAUAAAUUAUUGACUGAUAAAAUAAUUUCCAAAUGAUUUAUUUCCUUGUGUGAAUUGUGUAUGUUUUGUAUAAGUGUCGGGGUAGCGUUGUGCUAUAUGCUCAAUUUAGAUACAAUUUCACCAAACGAUUGAGAUAGUGUACAAUUUUAUAUAAUUAAUUUAAUAAAAACCGAGUACCUAUUAAUAAUUUUAAUAUUUAUAUUAAUAAAAAAGUUAUAAAAAAUUGUAA